GGCCAGUUCAUGUCGGACGAUGCCUUGGAUGUUCUCCGCAAGUUCGAUGCGGUUCUCUUCGGCGCUGUUGGUGAUCCCGGUGAGUUUCCCUCCCUCUGCAAGUGGUUCCUCCGUCUAACAGUGAUAGAUGUCCCCGACCACGUUUCCCUCUGGGGUUUGCUGUUGAAGAUCCGCAGCCCUCUUCAAUUAUAUGCCAACGUCCGCCCCGUCCGGACCUUCCCUGGCACCAAGACCCCCCUCAACACAGCCAAGAACGGUAUCGACUGGGUACUUGUUCGGGAGAACUCCGAAGGCGAGUACUGCGGUCAAGGCGGCCGCAGCCACAUCGGCCAGCCGUGGGAAGCAGCUACAGAGCUUGCCAUGUUCACCCGCGUGGGCAUCGAGCGCAUCAUGCGUUUCGCCUUUGAGACGGCCCGCUCGCGACCGCGCAAGAAGCUCACGGUUGUAACUAAAAGCAAUGCGAUGCGCCACGGGAUGGUUCUCUGGGACGAAGUAGCGGAGGAGGUCUCCAAGGACUUCCCAGAUGUCGACUGGGAUAAGAUGCUGGUGGAUGCGAUCACCAUUCGGAUGGUAGCCCAGCCCGACUCCUUGGACACAAUUGUUGGAACGAACCUGCACAUGGACAUCCUGUCGGAUUUGGCUGCUGGACUUGCUGGGUCGAUUGGUGUAGCUCCUUCGAGUAACCUGGAUCCAACACGGAAGAACCCUUCUCUCUUUGAACCAGUGCAUGGGAGUGCAUUUGAUAUCACUGGGAAGGGUGUAGCCAACCCGGUAGCAACAUUCUGGUCGGCUGCAGAGAUGCUUACAUGGAUCGGUGAGAAGGACGCGGCAGACAAGCUGAUGGGCUGUGUUGAGCGAGUGUGUGAGGCCGGAAUCCUGACAGCAGAUCUGGGCGGGAAGGCGAAGACGCAAGACGUGGUGAACGCAGUGUGUGGAGAAAUAGACAGACUUUAAAUAUCCAAGUAUG